AUGCAGGGACCAUGGGGGUUGCGCCAGAGGCUCCUGACCUUGCUCCUGAGUUUUCUUCACUUUACCUGGGCAGAAAUCCAAACGCCCCAGCUGCAGAAGGAGGUUCCUCUAUAUCAAGCCCUGAGCUUGAAGGAAAGUUUCUUGCUUCUUGCCCUACACAACAGACUUCGGAGCAAGGUCCACCCCCCGGCUGCCAACAUGCAGAGAAUGGAUUGGAGUGAUCAGCUGGCCAGGCUGGCCCAGGAGCAGGCAGCCCAGUGUUCAGCCCAGGCUUUGCUCCCUGCCCGGGUCCAGGCCCUGCAGGUAGGCUGGAAUGUGCAGCUCCUGCCGGCUGGGGCUGCCUCCUUCACCGAUGUGAUCACUUCGUGGUUUCGAGAGGGGCAACGGUACACCUACUCGGCUGCUCAGUGUGCCAGCAACUUGACCUGUGCUCACUACACUCAGCUUGUGUGGGCCACCUCAAGCCAGCUGGGCUGUGCGAAACACCUGUGCACUGUGGGCCUCAUGGAGAUGGAAGCAUUUGCUUGUGCCUAUUCUCCUGGGGGCAACUGGGAGAUGAAUGGGAAGACCAUCGUCCCAUACAAAAAAGGGGCCUGGUGUUCGCUCUGCACUGCUGGUGUUUCAGGCUGUUUCAAAGCCUGGGAUCAUGGUGGCGGGCUCUGUGAGGUACCCAGAAACCCGUGUCGGAUGAGUUGCCGGAACAAUGGACAUCUCAAUGUCAGCACCUGUCACUGUGACUGCCCCUCAGGUUACACUGGCAGGUACUGCCAAGUGCGGUGCAGUGUCCAGUGUCAACAUGGCCGGUUCCGGGAAGAAGAGUGCUCCUGUCUCUGCGAUGUUGGCUAUGGUGGAGCUGAGUGUGCAAUCAAGGUCCAGUUCCCCUUCCAUGCCUGUGACCUUUGGAUAGAUGGCAGCUGCUUCAUGAUCUCCCCUGAGGCAGACACAUACUAUGGGUCCAAGAAUAAAUGUCAGGAGAAGGGUGGAAUGCUGGCUCAGAUUGAGAAUCAAAAAGUCCAGGACAUCCUUGCCUUCUACCUGGGACGCCUGGAAACCACCAACGAGGUGACAGAUGCUGACUUUGAGACCAGGAACUUCUGGAUUGGACUGACCUACAAGACCUCCAAGGACUCUUUCCGUUGGGCCACGGGAGAGCGUUACUCCUUCACCAGCUUUGCCUUUGGCCAGCCAGACAACCAGGGGUUUGGGAACUGUGUGGAGCUGCAGGCAUCUGCUGCAUUCAAUUGGAAUGACCAGCGCUGCAAAACCCGAAACCGCUAUAUCUGCCAGUUUGCCCAGGAGCACAUUUCCCAGUGGGACGUGAAGCCCUGAGGUGGGAGCUCCCGUCAUUUCUGCCAGCCUCCAGCCCAUCCCUCCUUCCCUUGCCCCAAGCCCUUGGCACCCAUCUGGAAGAAGAUGAUUCAGGCAGCUCAGAAGAUGAUUCUGGAACAAGGAUACCCCGCCCCCGACAUCUGCCGUGCUCAUUUGGCAUCUUUGUAUCUCCUUGAAAGAGAAAUGGGGCCCAGGGAAUGAGGCAGAAGACUCACUGACCACCAGGGAAGGGGUGUGUGUGAGAGGAGGGCUGAGUGAAGCUGGUAUAGGGCAGGUGGAAAUAACCAUUAGAGGCUCCUAGUCACUAACCACCCCACCCUCCCUCUCCCCUCUUGAACACAGGGUAAGAGGGGUUUCUGGGCCAGGUCUUUCUCUUAAUGUUUUCUGUUGUGGUAUCCUACCUUUUGCUUCUACUGGUUUAUAGGGAGAGCCAAGAAAUAUGUGCCAGGCGCAGCCCUGGCCAUCCCGGAAGGAUCUGCCGCACACCAUAAACACUGCUCUUUAGAUCAUUCAAUGCUCUUGACAGGAAGCAUGGGCAGAGAGACCACUCCCCAACCCCCUCUGUUUGUGUGAUAGUAAGUCUAGGUACUAGGACCUGGCUAGUCAUGGUAUUGGGCAAGGAAUAUAGCAAAGCA